AUGCGAGCAUUGGAACACGCCCUUACGAUUGUUAAAGUAUUCGCAACGGCAUCGCACCAGGGAUACCAUGCACAGCACGAUGAGAAUGAACACAGAGACGCGUCUAUCGUGGAUAACAUCCCACCUGAGUUGCAUUAUAUGACAAUUCAUGGAUCAAGUAAAAUGGAAGCACAAGGCCUCGUCUGGGCAGAUCAUCUAUCAUCUCAGACUAUGGAGCGAAUGUCUUUGGCAAUCAUGAGCAACACUGUUUAUGGCGAGAUGGCGCUCCAAUACAAAUUAUGCUUAUUCUCGAAGGCGACUACUUUCAUCAGUCGAUGGCUACGGGUAUGCCCGUCUGACCAAAUGUCUGAGUACUUGGACAAAUCUCGCAAGGUAUAUAGCGCUGCGACUUUGGAAUGCCUCAGAAGGAUUGAUUUCACUCGCUCGCCAAAUCUUGCAAUGUUGCAAGCUCUUCUUGCAGGGGCGGCGGUUGUCCAACUUCAUGGCGACACGACAAGAUCAUGGUUUUUGGUCUCUCUUGCAUCUCGCUCUAUUGUCGCUCUUAGUUAUCACAAAAUGACGAGCUUUGACUCUGACAGUGAUGAAGAAAACGAAAUCCGUCGCUGCAUCUACUAUUGCUAUUAUAUGGACAAGACACUGAGCAUGCUUCUACUUCGCCCUCCGUCCCUACCACAGCUGCCAUUCAAUCCAGCAGAUCUCGUUCCCACGGAUCCUCAGCUACCAAUCUCAAUGCAUGUCAAGAUCUUGGUGAAGCUCGCCCGCGUCCAAGAUGUCGCCUUGUCGCUGGUGCUCAAGGAUCCGCGUCAUCAAAUACUUGCAAACAAAGAAUUCAUGUUAGAGAAUAUUCAAACUGAGCUGAAGUCUAUUGGCGAUGAAAUACAGCAGUCGCGGUAUCCGCCACACCGCGAACCCUCAAUUAUGAUCGAAUGGGAUACAGUUGAUUUCACAUUCUUCUCAAUCGCUACUACGGUUCUUCGUCUAGACUCAUCUUCUUUGCAAGACAAGACUAGGCGGGAAGAGUGUUUACGAUACGCACGAAAGGCCCUCCAUUCGAUGCAAGCAUGUCAGAAGCACAUAUGCUCAAAGUCCAGCAUCACGCCCGACUAUUUAUUCUGGACGGUAUUACUAUACCCACUCACGCCAUUCUUCGUUAUUUUCUGCAACGUUGUCGCUACUUCAAAUAUGGAUGAUCUCAGAUUAUUGAAAGAAGUCACUGUCACAAUAUCAAGGCUCAAAGAGCAGUACAUUAUCGGCAUGAAUCUUCACAGACUCCUAUCUGAGCUGAUCGGUCUUUGUGCUGAACUACACGACAUUCCUUCCAGUGGAGAUCCUCGCAGAUCUCAGGAGGGCCGGUCUUCUUGCAACCGAGCAACGCAUAUCCAGAUGCUUUCAAAUGGCGGUGACUUUGAGACUGGCGUAGACAUUGCUGAUCAAACUGCCUCCCUGCCUACACCUGGACAAGAUGAAAUGCCCCCGGAUGGACUUCCCUCAUUGCCAGAAAGUCAGUCGGUUUGUCAUGAACUUGGCGACCCCGCGACUAGGUCGGCUUCUAUAUGGGACGACGGAUUAAUGUUUGAGCUCUUCAACUUACAACCCUCCGUCGAGUGGCUUGAUAUCGAGGGCGUAGACAUGAUUCACGGUCUACAAAAUUAA